AUGGAAGCGGUAGCGAAACCCUCCUCGACACGCACACAGCAGGUGCUUUCGGUGCAGAGUCAGCAGCAAAUAGCAAUUGAAAUUAUCAGCGAGUCACCGAUUGCCCAGCACCAGCAGCAACAGCCAGCACCACACCAACAGCUGCAACAUCAGGAGCUGCAGGCGCACACCCUGCUGCAACAAUGUCAGCAGCAGCAGCAGCAGCAACAGUCAGCAGUUCCACAGCCCAACGUCGACAUCGUGUUGCGCGAAUCGACCCGUAGCAAUUUGGUCAGCCGAAAAAAACCCUCAUCCGGCGAUGGCAAGAAGGGUUCGGGCCAUCGGAGCAAGGACGACCAGAAGGGCGAGGGCAAAUCGGUGUACCGGAAAUUCUUCAAGCGCAUCAAAACCAUCCUGGACGGUGCGGAUCCGGCAGCGAGCAGCAAACCGGAAGCGGAGGAUCUGCCGGUGCCGGCCCGCUACUAUCCGGACUCGCUCGUCGAACUGACGCGGACGGCCCGCUUCACCGAGGAAGAGAUCAAGCGAAUAUACCGCGGCUUCAAGGCCGAAUGUCCGACCGGCAUCGUGAAGGAGGAAACGUUCAAGGGCAUCUACUCACAGUUCUUCCCGCUCGGUGCGAGCAGCGGUCAGUACGCUCACUACGUCUUCAAUUCCAUCGACCUGGACCGGAAUGGCUCAUUAAGCUUUGAGGAAUUCGUCGCCAACCUGUCGAUUCUGCUGCGGGGUACCGUCGACGAGAAGCUGCAGUGGACAUUCUCACUGUACGACAUCAACGGAGACGGAUGCAUCACCAAGGAAGAGAUGAAGGAAAUCGUCACCGCGAUCUACGAGCUGAUGGGUAAGGUACCGGAAGGAUGCGAGGAGGAACAAGCCAUCAAGGAUAAGGUCGAACGGCUGUUUGAGAAAAUGGAUCGCAACUGCGACGGCAAGAUAACGCUGGACGAGUUCAUCGAGUGCUGCACGAAGGACGAAAGCAUUCGCCGAUCGAUAGCCGUAUUUGACACCAUCUUCUAA